ACCAUUCAGCGGCGUCCCCGACCGGCUGCGCGUCCCGCGCCUGCUCCGCCCGGCUCUGCCAGGCUCGGCCUCCCCACCCCAGGAGAAGAUGGCAAAGGUGGCUAAGGACCUCAACCCGAGGGUGCAAAAGAUGUCCCUGGGCCAGCAGCAAUCAGCACGAAGUGUGGCUUGCUUGAGAUGCAAGGGGACGUGUUCGGGCUUUGAGCCACAUUCAUGGAGGAAAAUAUGCAAAUCAUGCAAAUGCAGCCAAGAGGACCACUGUUUGAGCUCUGACCUGGAAGAUGACCGGAAAAUCGGCCGCUUGCUGAUGGACUCCAAGUAUUCCACUCUCACUGCCCGGGUGAAAGGUGGAGAUGGCAUCCGAAUUUACAAGAGAAACCGCAUGAUCAUGACCAACCCCAUUGCCACUGGCAAAGACCCCACCUUCGACACCAUCACCUAUGAGUGGGCGCCCCCUGGCGUCACCCAGAAACUGGGCCUGCAGUACAUGGAGCUCAUCCCCAAGGAGAAGCAGCCAGUGACGGGCACGGAGGGUGCCCUGUACCGCCGGCGCCAGCUUAUGCACCAGCUCCCCAUCUAUGACCAGGACCCCUCUCGCUGCCGUGGACUUUUGGAGAACGAGCUGAAGGCCAUGGAGGAGUUUGUCAAGCAGUACAAGAGCGAGGCCCUCGGGGUGGGCGAGGUGGCCCUCCCUGGGCAGGGCGGCUUGCCCAAGGAAGAGGGGAAGGCACAGGAAAAGCCGGAGGGCGCAGACACCACCGCCCCAACCAGCAACGGCAGCCUGGGCGACCCACCCAAGGACGUGGAAUACGUCUGCGAGCUCUGCCGGGGCGUGGCGCCUGCCGACAGCCCCGUGGUGUACGCGGACAGGGCCGGCUACGACAAGCAGUGGCACCCCGCCUGUUUUGCCUGCGUCAAGUGCUCCGAGCCGCUGGUGGACCUCAUCUACUUCUGGAAGGACGGGGCGCCCUGGUGCGGCCGCCACUACUGCGAGAGCCUGCGGCCCCGCUGCUCCGGCUGCGAUGAGAUCAUCUUCUCGGAGGACUUUCAGCGCGUGGAGGACCUGGCUUGGCACCGGAAACACUUCGUCUGCGAGGGCUGUGAGCAGCUGCUGAGUGGCCGGGCCUACAUCGUCACCAAGGGUCAGCUCCUGUGUCCCACCUGCAGCAAGUCCAGGCGCUCCUGAAGGGCUACCCACCCAGCCACAGUGCCCUGGACCCACCACGAAGCCGAGGUGUGCUAAGGAGCCAAGAUAACAGGCAGUAAGCAACAUAAACCGCAAUUCCUGGGCGAAUAUAUAUAGUAGGUUGAAUGACGGUGGAUCCUUGAGAGGCUGUAGCUUCAGAAGCAGAAAGGUCCUAACAACUCUUAGGAUUGAUUUAUGUGCUGUGGUCUCCCAGCCACAAUCAACUAAAGGCACCUGAGGUAUCCUGCGAGGGGAGUGCUGGGAGGAAUUUCCCAGAAUGCAGUUGUGAGUCAGCCAAUCACGUAGCAGUGAGAUGUGCACUUUGGAGGGUGUGUGGGGCUCCCCCAGGGGGGCAGUGGGAAUCUCAACUCUCACUCCUUGCCUCUUCUUCAAGUGGAGUUUGAGUCCUAAUAAAUAACUUUGUGGCAUGAGAAACGUUAUCAAUAAAAG